AUGAGAACGCAAGAUCCACCGGUGGCUUCUUCUGAAACACCACCAACUACAUUAGGUAUAUAGUAUAUAUAUAUAUAUAUGCUCAAGAUUGGACAAGAGUUUAGUAGUAACAUUUAUUUCGGACCAACCAGCAAAGUUUCCAGGGAAUUUUGGUCAUAUAAAUUUGUUAAAAGUUUGAAUGAGUAUGGCUCUUGACCGAUAUCGAAAGCCCAGAGCAUCAUCAAGGAGCCGGGAAAGUUUGAAUAAUGAAAAAUCAGUUUCUCUGGUUUAAAUUGCAGCAGUGGUACUUCGUCUUGUCUAGGAUAAUGGGGAGCUUAAGCCAAAGCGUUUUUGAGCGACGAAAGUUAACCGGAAGUGGACUUUUUGUGUCAUUGGGUUUGGUUGAAACUCUGGGGUAAAUCUUCUUUACAAGAGGAAAUAAACUUAGCAUUACAAAUUUGUUAGCGUCAAGGCAUGUAAAAAUGGAGAAGGCCUCAGUUCCGAUUGACAUGCGUUGCUCAAAAACGUCUUUGCUUAAGCUUCCUAAUAGUGAAACGAACUGCAAAUAUUGUUUCAUCACACUUAUGAUCUUGACCUUUUUAGUUUGUAUAUUUUGUUUUCAAUUUCCAUUCCCGUCCACCCGAUCAGGUACCCCAAAGAAUUAUUUCUUUGAAAUGUCGCCCUAUGCACGUGCAUCGACUUGAAUAGGCCAUUUCCGAGUUCCCUCGGCCUCUGUAUCAAAACGAGGUUAAGUGCUCAGCCUUUGAUAUGAAAAUGAUUUUUCAUUCUCAUGCAAAUAAAACUCAUUUUCACGAGAAAGGUUGUGCACUUCACCUCAUUUUGAAAGUGAGGGUUUCGCAACUCGGAAGUGGUCUAUUAAUGUAUACAUGAUUUAUGAAACGACAAAAGGCAAAUUCCCUGGAGAGAAUCAUAUGGUCUGAAUUAGUAAAACAAAACAUACAGGCUCUUUUACUUCUUCACAGUAUUAUACAGGAAGGAUAUCAAUUAUUGCAGAUGCAAGUUUGAUCACCUUUGGGUUUCAAUUGACUACUCGCGACGGAGCCCCUUAGCUAAGUUACUUGUUUGAUUAUUACUCAGAUGAAUAGAAACGCAAUUUUAAUGUUGUCCCACCUACAGGCCAAGUGAACAGUGAUGGAGAAUGUUCAUCGUUCGUAUUGGAUAAUCCAAGCGAUUCACAAAACAUUCCACCAGUCACAAUUCCUGAGCCAACUUGGACGCAAACUCCAUCCAUUGUAAAGAUCGCAAACGGUACGUAAGUCUGAUAUUGGCAGUAUCCAACUGCGUUUACGGACAUGAUUGUAGAAGAGACUAAUGCAAGAGAAAUAAUAAUAAUAAUAAUGAUAAUAAUAAUAAUAAUAAUAAUAAUAAUGAUGAUGAUAAUAAUAAUAAUGAAAAUGAUGAUAAUAAUGACGAAUGUAAUGAUAAUGAUAAUAAGUUAUAUUAAUAAAUAAGCAUUCUUAACAUUUGUAACAAAUACCCAAUAUUGGUUAGAAAGUGUCGCUCAAGGUUACAAUCUUAAAACUAAGUAAAAAAGACCCCAUGGCCAUGGCAAUUCAUAGCUCAAAUUGUGGUGCUCAUCCGUUCUUUCGUAAACCAGGUAUAUAAUGUAUAAUUGAAACUAAUACACUUUAAGAAUACAAUAAUAAUAAUAAUAAUAAUAAUAAUAAUAAUAAUAAUAAUAAUAAUAACAAAAUAGCUUCUCAUGUUACUCCUUUAGUUGCGGUAAUAUCUAUGGCUGUUUCUUAUAUUAUUACCGACACAGGUCAAGUCCAGUUGGCAAGGAGAAAGGUUUUGAAUUGUAGAACUCUACCAACUUAAAGGGACAGUGUCCCGAUUAUGCGCACGCGCGAGCGUCAUCUGUUUUUUCUUCACAAGACAAUAGAACUGUCAUAUUGACUCGACAAGAUUUCCUUCCGGACCGCACCGCCUACGGAGAUUUGUUAUUUAUAUUCUCAAGUAAUAUUUUAGACUUUCGAAGAAGUCCUUCUUUUAUAUAAAAAUUUGGCUCGCGGUUCGAAGACUCGUCGCGAUUUUAUCGCAUCUUUUGAUUUCGUGACAACCUGUCCAAAAAUCAAAGUUUGGUGCAUGCGCAGAAACGGGAUACUGUUCCUUUAAACUUAGGAACUUUCCAAUCUCGUUCCCAGAGGCCGCGAGGAACGUUCUAUGUAAUAACGCCUUUGCCUUAGGAACAACAAUUUUCCAUUGCUAAAAUGACCAGCUAGAAAUGACAGAACCGUCUGUGAUCAUGGCCACAGUUAGCACAUUCGUGCUUAAUACCGUGACAUACCCUAAAAUUCCGAAAAUAAGCCCCGGGGCUUAUAUUUUUCAAAGGCCCUUUUCGAGGGGCUUAUUUUUGGAGGGGCUUAUAUUCUGAGGGUCUUAUCUACGGAGGGAAAUUUGCGUUUCAAAAUCGAUUGGGCUAGCCUUGAGUUGGAAGUAAAUUUACCGUUUUUGCUUUGCUUUACUUUGUAUUUGAGGGCAAUUUUCCAAUUACAAGCCCCGAGGGGGCUUAUAUUUGGAGGGACGAUUUAACGGAGGGUUUUUUGCGUUACCGGAUUGGGGGGCUUAUAUUUGGAGGGGCUUAUUUUCGGAAUUUUACGGUGCAUCGUCAUAAUAAAGUGUUUUUUUUUCUUCCGGCGCUGUUUAUUUUAGGUCAUUAUCAAGCACUUGGGCGCGUCAUUCACAUGAAAUAUUUACAUGACCAGUUGAUUGCACAUGAAGAUUUUAGCUUUGCUGAUUCAAGGAGGAGCAUGGAUGAUCUCGUACAACAACUAGAUAUACUGGCAGAUACUCUUUACAUUAAGGUUAAACGUUACUCGGCUUUCAGACUAGAGCCUUUUAUCAAUAGAUCAUUCUGGGAAACUGCCCACCUACCCCUCCCCUAAGAUUUUGCUCUAAGUGAGAAGUAAGUGUUAAUUUUAGCUUAGGGGAGGGGUUGAUCGGCAGUUUGCCAGGACGUUUUUAUCUCCCCAUGUAUGGUAAUCAAGAUUCCGGAAUCCGGGGAAAUGUUUACUUGUGGAACAUGGAAUCCAGAAUCCUGGGCUUAGGAAUCUGGCAUUUAGCUUAAGGAAUCCAGAAUCCCACUAACGAUUGGAAUCCGGAUUCCAGUACCUGGAAUCCGGAAUCCACAGCGUGGAAUCCAGAAUCCAAGACUGUCUUUUAUUCCCCUUACGUGUGGGAUUUGGAUCAAUAUACGUUUCUAGGAAACUGCCCACCUACCCCUCCCCUAAGUCAACAUUAACACUUACUUCUCACUAAGGGCAAAAUGUUGGCUUAGGGGAAAUACCUCUCCAAAGCACAAACUGAAUCAAAAUACAAUUUACCCUCUUAUGAACAUUACUUAAGUUCCUUGUUUCUAUUUUUUUUGCCAUCUGCCGGUUACUCUUGUUAUAAAUUGAAGUCAAUAACAUAUAUAUUUUUUGCUUUUCUAAAAGUUUCAACUAAUGAACGUCCUGUUCGUUACUGUUUCAAACCCUGUGCAUCAAAUGAAUUAUGUUUUGUUGAUUUGCUUGGUAUAUUUUUCUUACAGGAUACCACUGAGCUUCGAGGCAUUAAACAUGUUAGGAUAUACGCACGAGAUAUCGUUGCUGCUGCAGAUAGUAAAAUAACUUUCUCUUCGCCAAACUGGGAUCAACAGUUUUCCACACCAACCCCGCAAACUGGACGAAACGGAGACAAUGGGGAGAAUGGUGUACACGGACCUCAGGGUGAGAAAUUUUUACCUUUAAUAUUUUUAUAUAUUUUUAAUGACAACAACAUUUUCAUUGUCUGAAAAGGCAAGGGCUACUUCGAGGAAAACACGAACGAAGACUUCAACAAAUGUUUUACUACAUGUGAACACGAACAACGAAGUAAUUAAAUUCCUACAAAGAGGACAAAAUAAAGAUUAUAAUACAGACAUACACAACCUAAACACGACUGUAAAACGAAAUGCAAGGAAACGAUAAAAAACGAGGCUGCUUACCAAAUGCUGAGAAGGUUUACAAGGUUUGGAUUUCGGGGAACCGAGAAAAAAUUAACACAGAUAAGCGAACUCUCAAGACACGUUAAAACGCUGCCUUGAAAAGGGCGAGAUAACAAGCUAUUUUCGACUAAAAUUUACAUACGGCGUGAAAAGAAAUAAAGGAGCAUAAUUAGCAAAAUACCAGAGUGAGGAAAAAACAAAACAAAAAGAAUACACGAUAACGAGUAAGUACAAGUAAAAACGAAAACAAAAGGAAAUAUUUGCCACAACAUUACCAUUAGCUUUAUACAAUUGUUAUUGUGAUAAAUGUGUAUAUGAAGUAAAUCAUUCUUGUUUUGAUUAUUGUUAUUAUUAUCAAUAUCGUUAUUCAUUUGACAGGAGGCGAUUCUGAUUUGAUUAUUGUUUGCACUAUCGUCAUCAUUUUUGUCAUUAUCAUUAUAAUUAUCGUCAUCGUUAUCAAUAUCGUCAUCAAUAUUUUCAUUUAUUUUGAACAAUUUUAGUUGACCUUUAUAUGGAUGUCAUGACCGGUGUUCUUGAUGUCACCUCUAACGCGGGAGAUGGACACAAAGGUCAAGACGGCGGCGCGGGUGCACCUGCAGCGGCCAGCGGACAUACGGUUUGAAGCAUGCUAACUGUCUGUAACUGUCUGCUAACCACUGUAACUCCAUUCAUAAGACGAAUGGAGCUACACGGGUAACGCAAUAGAGCCAAAAAGUCACUGAAUUGAGGAAUUCACCCCGAAACACACAGAAAUGCAACAAAGAUAAACCUUCUUUAUUUAGUAUAACGAUAUUUAUCGUUCGCAGACCUCAAUAUUUCAUUUCUCAUACAAACUCUCAACGAUCGCUCGUAACGCGAUACCGACUCGAUCGGGUCCACCCUAGUAACUUGAGCUUGUUAAGCCUAUGCUUCAACCUUGAAGAUUCACUAAUAUCCAACAUUGAUCGAUCUAGCACCACUCAUUUGAGGUUGGUCGAUUUGAAACAAUCUAACAUGCUACAUAUUUAAAAAAUGUUUGCGGACUUCAAUGAAACUAAACCAAAAUCCAACACUGUCUACUUGCUAUAUUUGAAAAUUCUUAAAAUUCCGAGAGAGGGUUGAGGGGAAAGAAAACUUCCGGGAAAAUUUGGGUAUACAUCGCAGGUUGUCCUCUUCUUUGGAAAUUUUGGAAAAUGCUCUACUGUUCCAUUCGCCACUGGAAGUUGCCGAAAAUUCAAACCAGACGUUUAGGUUAAAUAGAAAGCGCCCGGUGUCUCGGCCGUUUUCUCCUUGCCAUUCUCCUUUACGAGCAGUUAUACAUGGCGAGGGAGCCGUCUGGGAACGAGGUAGUGUAGGUACUGUUUUAUUUUCACAGCAACCUGCCAAAAGUGGGUGGGCUUGUUCAAGUCAAACUGAUUACUGCACCUGCGAUGACAUCAGAGGACUUAAUGGGAUCAAGGGGACUCGUGGAGGCAACGGGGGAAAUGCAGGAACCCCUGGUGAGAUCUAUCAUUAGUUUUCAGGGGCAACAAUUAACCAUCGUCAAUGGGGUGGUGCCGCUGAGCUCAUCAACGGCUACCCCGCGAUGAAAAGGCUGUGUAGAUGGCUACGAUGACUGAGAAAUGUCCAAACCUUGAUUUGAUAAAAGUAGGGAGAUUUCUUUUGUCUCUUUAGCAUCUGUCAAACAGACAAUAACAAUGAAAUGCAGUUUCAGUUAUUGCGGGAGCAAAAUUAAUAAUAGUCACGUAUAAUUUUAUAUGUGCAAUAAUUGUGAAAGGUUUGAACCCAGGAGUCAUUUCAAAAGUAGGUUGAGUUUGAUCGUCCGGGUGAACGUAGUCCUGAAUAGGUCUGUUGUUGUUGACAGUGACUGACGUUUUGACAACCUUUGCGGUAGUCAUCUUCAGAGUCAAAAUGAGUUGUAUCACGUCAGUUGAUGGUAUUAUACUCUGGUUAUUGAUCUGAUUGGUCAAAUACGUCGCGAUGUUAUUGUUCGUCUGUCAGUUAAGCCGUGAUGUUAUUGGCUAUGAAGACUUGUAAUCAGUAAUUGGUGCGUUUCGAUCCGUCUAUUGUCACAGUUAAACAGUCGUCUAUUGUUAGUCAAAUUGUCAGUUCUAUGUGCAACAAUACUGUAUAAUCGAAACUGUAGGGAUAUCUAUUGAUAAGGUUUUUUAAGCUACUUAAACAGAAUACCUUGCAACAAUCAAUUUUCCGUAGGAAAUGGUGGAAACGCAGGCAAUGUACACAUUCGCUACAGGCUUUUAAAUGGGCAAAUAAAGUUAAAAUCUUGCAGAGGAAGCGGCGCGCCUGCGGCUAAUAACGGAGUUGGUGGAACGGGUAAGCACAGAGAAAAUUAUUUCAAUACACUGUGAGUAGUAAUGCACCUUAAACACUAAAUUAUAAAUAUUAUUUCAAGCUUCGCCAUUUUAUUACUUUUAAUAAGCAUGGAGCUCAUUUCAUCUAUUAGGAUCGCAAGUAAAUAAACAAAUAAAUAGAUUAAUCAAUCAAUUAACAAGGUUGUAGUCUUGCCGCAUUCCAACGUUGAUACUAUAUUUGACUUGCAAAACACUUGAAUAUCUGGCAAAGAAAACGGAUCAGUCUGUCUCAGUCCGCCCCAUGUAAGGCACACUGUGGAUUCCGGAUCACACGUACUGGAUUCCACUUUUCUUGUGGAUGGAACUUGGAUUCCGGUUCCCUGGGAUCCCAAUCGUUAGCAGGAUUCCGGAUUCAUUUAGCUAAAUUCCGGAUUCCAAGGGCUAGGAUUCCGGAUUCCAUUCCGGAUAACCUCACACUUGGGGUGACUCAGUCCAACUAAAAACUUUCCCUAACUUGUAGGUGGCGCAGGAGGAAGAGGAGGAGUUGGAAGAAACUGUGAUCCAGACUAUAUAGACUGGAUUGACCGUGAUAAACCAUCAAAACUCCCAAGGGGACCACCUGGCUAUAAGGGUAAAAGCAAACUCGUUCCCAGGGUUCUCUUCUACUCGUCCGCCGCAGCCGUCCGAGGGACAAUAAGAGGGACUUUUAGCACCGACGACGGCGACGGCAGCAAAAACGUCACUUUUAAAGUGAAUAGGCGUUUUUUUUCAAACUUUGUCGCGUUUAUUCCAGUUCGAUGAAAAUGUCUAAAGUAGGCAAAUUUCCCUGGAGUUGAUUUCUUGGGGACCGAACUCAAGUUUAGAAACAGAAAGAAAGUUUCGUCGUCGCUUGUUUACGUCCUCCAUAAAACGUGAAAUUAGGCAUUUUCACGUCGUAGUCGUGUGGUAACGGCAAAGAAAUGUACAAAAAAGCGUGAUGCACGUGCAAACUUGUCAGUUGUUUUGUUCAAUAAACCUAUAUUUUUUACGUUUUCGUUGCCGUUGCCGACGUCGUUGCUAAAACUCCCUAAGGAAAGAACCCUGGGUACAAGGUUGAGGUAAAAGUGGAUUUUCACGGUCGCGUAUAAUUUUCAAGUGCAUAAGAACGUAACAGUGAAUUCACUGCCUUUCCUUGAAGGUACUGCAUUGCAUCCCAGGGAAAAAAGAAGGACCAGAGUAAGAAACGCUUUCGGUGAAUGUCCUGGGCACAGGGACUCCACCUUCUUUUGCAAAGACGAUGGAGUUGGUCCUAGUGGUAGUCGGGGUCCUUCCGGUGAUGAUGGAUCUCCAGGAUCAAGUAAGAAUUAUUUACAAGAAACGACAAGGCUAACAGACUGAUCUAUUAAAUCAAUCUAUUUUACGAGCCAUAUAAAGGCGAUCUUCAAUGAUUUUGUUAAGUUUGCUAAGUGUCAUCAACCCUAUUCAGACCUGGGACGUCAUUGUGUAAAUCAAGUUAUACCUAGAUAUUGGAAAUGAUGAGUACAUUAUUCUGUUUCAUUUUGAUGGUCGUACCAUUAGGGAGUUUACGUAGUGACAUUUUUGAGCGACGCACGCCAACCGAAAAAAAUUUGUUUAAAAUCACGGCUCAAGAUAGCCUCCCACGCAGGCGUUUUUAGGGAAGCUCGUAUUUCUUCCCUCCCCACAGACAGCUCCCCUAAAAACGCCUGCGUGGGAGGCUAGGCUCAAGAGUGCCUAAAGUCCAGUUCCGGUUGACGCCCGUGGCUGAAAAACGUCGCUCAACGCCCUUCCCCUGACGAGACAAAAACGGCGUCACGGUAGACUAGAUCGAGGGGAGUUUGAGUAUUUAUAGAAUAAUGCAGAUGGUUAAUCAUUUACUUAUGGUUACCUGCCCCUCCCCUAAGCUAACGUUUUGCCCUAAGUAAGUGUCUGAAUGUUGGCUUGGAGGAGGGAAGGUGGGCAGUUUUCCAGAAACUUUAAUUGAUCCUUUUUUCUCAGCUCCUCAAACCGGAGGAAGUGAUGGUUCUGUCGGUGGACCUGCUGUUAAAUCCGGGACCUUGGAGACAGAGGAUAAACAAAGCUAUCCUGUGGAUUUACUAGAAAUCAUGAGAAGACAAGCCGAGGAUUUGUUGCUUAGCAACAGUGGUGAUCAGAAAGGCCGGGAAGCAUUAGAGUUUAUAAAAAGUGUGACUGACGAAAUAACUAGAGAUGAAAACGCGCAGCGGAUCAACAAAUGUGAGCUUUUGGGAACUUAGUUUUUCGGCAAAGAAUUUUUAAAAAUUGGAUAUAUAAAAGCGAGAGCCCAUAUUCUCAGAAUUUCCAUGGGCUGGCACAAAAUGUUUACUUCCGUAAACUGUCACCCCAUCUUUUAUGAAGGACGUGCUCGGUCAGAUUUGAGAUAUGUUGAAUUCAAAGGCUCAAGUAAUUGUUUCUUUAAACCAUAUAUCACCCUAUGUAAGGGGAUCCAAACAAUCUUAGAUUCUGUAAUUCUGGAUUCCAGGUCUCUAUGUCAGUGGAAUUGGGACUCCGAUUUUCAAUCGUUGGUGGGUUUCCCGAUUCCUUGAGCUGUAUUCCUGAUUUCAAGUCCCAGAAUUCCGGAUUACAGUCAAAAAUUUCUCGUAUCUUUAUAGAUAUUUGAAGCCACUUAUAUUGUUAUUUAUACAAACAGAGAAAGGGAGAGGAAGAAAGGGAGGGGAGAGUGAGGGUUCGGAUCUCUUUGUAUGCCCCUGAAUGAUGGGACUUUCGAAUGUUGCCGUUGGUAAUUAACAUUAAGAUCUUGACAUCAAAUUAAAGCACGUUUUAACCUGCAUCGUCUUUCCUUUAGACGCAACACGGAAACUUGCCUUCCUGGGUAAAGAUGGCUUUGAUAUAUUUGGAAACAACAAGCUAUUUGCCCCGCGCAUCAAAUGGGAGGCCCUUGAAGGAACUGUGGAAGUCAUUAAAGAUGCAGCUGAAAAAUAUGAAAAUGCUUUCAACGAUAUCAUCUCCACAGUGACGGACACCGAAAACUUUAAAGCGGUUAGUUAUCGUCAAAACCAUGAUGUUACAGAUUAGGAUCUUUUGUCGUCCAAACAGUUAAACCACAGUUAUAAAUGAUUUAUAUUUCCUUCUUUUGUCUCGCUGUAGUAACAUGACACUAUCAUAACUUUUUUCAUUCUCAUGUUUUGUUGCGGAGUGGUUAACAUCUCGAACAUCCGAUCUUUCGGGUUCCUAGGUUAAUCUCCAGAUGUAGGCGGAGGCCGAUGCAUAUUCUGCAUAUUAUUGUUAUUGAUAACAAUUCAUCAUCACCAUCACCAUCAUGCUAUCAUCAUCAUCAUCAUCAUCGUCGUCGUCGUCGUCACUUUCACCAUAAUCGUCAUCAUCAUCACCAUUAUCAUCAUCAUCAUCAUCAUCAUCAUCAUCAUCAUCGUUAUUUAUUUAUUUAAUUAUUUAUUUACACAAUUGUUGCCAGCAUUAAUUCUGAAAGUACCAUUGUCUUUCUGUUUUAUUGUUUGUUUGUGUUUUUUCUUCAAAGAUGGGUUCUAAAAUAUCUGAAGUAGCUUCACUACAAGUAAAUGCAGAAAGAAGACGUCUAGAGCAGAAUCAAUAUAUAGCUGAGAGUGAGAAAAGAUUGUAUGUCAAGGUAUUCGACCUUUCUCAUAAGAUGAUUUUGAGUGGCAUUUGAAUUAUAUAUAUAAAAAUAAGCUGCGUUUUCAAUCGCAACUAAAAUGACUAGCUUCUUUUCAAUUUGCUCAGAAAUCGCAAAUUGAAAUCUCUGUUUCACGAUCAUGCCCAUUGACUGGUGGAAAAUAUGUAUAUUUGUUUUAGUAUUAAUGUGUUGGGAGGAAUAACAAAAGUAGUCAAUGACUGGCCUCACGGGAAACAGUCUGCAUAGCUCUUUCCUGUGCACGUGAUCAGAGAGGGGGAGUGGUUUUUACCCGAAUGGUGGAGAGGCCAGCGCUAAGCAGAAAACUUUGAUAGUGAGUCCCGGGAAAUAAAACGCAAUAUUCCCUCUAGAGACUGUAUGACCUUUUAUAAUACCGGAAUUAGUGAAUUAGGCUUUAUCUACUUCUUGAGUCCUUUUCCCGAUUUCGUUACUGAAGGGAAUUAAAUUUGAAGAGCAAAGGAUGACCAGUAUACUUGAAAGUAUUGGCGUAACGCUUGGUGAUGCAUAUGUAAAAGGCCAAUUUAAUGGAGCUGAUCUAAUAGCUAUGCUUCAGGGAGUUGUAGGCUUUUACAAGGCAAUUCGUGACAAAAGCCCGUCGGACUUUAUUGAUAACGCCCUUAGCGUAGCGGAUUCAUUUCGUGGGAAACAAUGCCUGAAAAAGCUCAGCGACUACCGUGAAAGUAUCACGAAAUGGCUGACGUUUGGAGAGAACUACCAACCAUACGAAGAUCCAAGCCAACUGGAUUUUGAUCAACUUGAUGUUACUGCGAUCCCGGAAAUAAUGCAUGUAGCUACUAAAUACGUGUUUAGGGGCAAGUGGUAGGUGUGGGGAAAUUCACUUCCAAUUAGAAGACGGCUAAAGGAAUAAAAAUAUCCUCAAGGUGGCUAAUAUAAAAUUGAAAUGCGGUUGCCAGGCUCUUGUAAGGUCUGGAACUAUUAAAUUUUUUUUCUGGGGUCGUUAAAACGACCGCCUCAAAUCUCAGUAGUGCAGAUAAGUAUAAGUUUAUCUUUAUUCCUUGAGGAAGAAGCCUAUAAAAUUACUAAUCGUAUUUGAGAGAACUAGCUAGGUACGAUUCUCUGUUGAGCAUCAUGUGUGGUAUACCAAGGAGAGGAUACUUGAAGCAGCCACGCCUGGCCUGGAUAAAAGGGAGUAGUCGCUAAGAGUGAUCAGCAUCAAAUUUCUCCUUGUAAUAUGGAUGCUUUGUAAACAGAGUGGUCAUGAGAAUUUGCUUGAUAUUUUAUCAUUUUCUCCCCACUACUUCUGUAGGAAAUGAGUAGGAGCAACAAAUAAGAAUUCAACUUUUGAUCUUAGGGUUAAAGCGUUAAGGGAAAAGCCCUUGGGAGGCUAUCUGGGAUUUGCUUAUUCACACACCUUCUAACUUGUCUUGCUUACAAUUCUCUAUUUCUGUUUAAAAAGGCAAAUCUUGAGAUGAACAAAGUUGAGCUUAGGAAGGAACUUCUGUGUCUUAUGGAGGUGGCUUCAUUACCCACCGGUCCGGCCGCUCUUGACGCGGAAAUAGAGUCAUUCUUUGUCUCGGGAGCGGCUCGUAUUGACCUGAUAGGAAAAUGCAUGGAUCUCGAUAACGAAAUGGGGGGAUAUUUGUUUGAUGUUCCUCUUCUAAGUGAUACAGAAAAUGCAAUCAAAGAAGUUGGAAAAUCAGACGGUGAGAAAAGACGUACAGUCAACUCUCUCCAAGACGGACACCUUUGGGACUGGCACUAAGUGUCCGUCUUAGAGAGAUGUCCGUGUUAUAAAUAGUAAAUAUAGGGAGUAAGCAAAGGCAGGAACCUAGUCUAGGUGUCCGUUUUACAGAGGUGUCCGUUAGGAGAGAGUCGACUGUAUAAAACGUAACUUAACAAAAAAAGGAACGAGUUAAGGUCGGGGUAGGGCCGAUGGAUGCUAUCCCCCUCCCCGAAGUCUUUUUUCAGUUGUUUCUUCCAACGAAGAAGUACUUAGAACUUUGCAAAUCAUCAAAAGUUCGAUCCAGGCACACAAAAGUAAUAGUUUGUCGGACAUUAGGCAUCUUAGUACUGUACGUUUUCCACUGGUGUGCGAUCUAAUCAGGCAUGCGUUCUAUAUAUCUGAUGGUAUUUUGUAUUCUUCAUUUAAGAAACUCCUUUAACCACAAAACUUCAGCAGAACUUCCUGGAUUAUUUACUCAGCACAUACAGAGCACUGGAGCGGUCGUUCAUGAGAAACCUGUAUGAACUUCACAAAGCUUUUGUAUUCCGCACACUUUGGGAAGGAAACAGUCCGCUGACAUCUUUUCAACGAUUGGCCAGUGAAAGUGCGUUGGGGACUGGGAGACUUAACGGAGCUGUUGAACUAACAAAUGUAUUACAGAAUCUGAAACAACUUCAAGAUAAAGCUGUAAAAUGCUUCACGAAUAACAUUUUUGCUACUGGUAUCAAGAGAUGGAGCUGGAGCAAAAGGCGAAAUCCCGCAGUAAGUCAGAAAAUCACAAGACAUUGCGUCGUUUAAGCGAUCUGUUAAAGCUUACAUGGCUUAAAGUGUAGGGCUUGUAAAUUCUGUAAAUAGCCUUAGUUUUAGAUUCUGCUUCUAGCCAUUUUGUAGACCUAUUUAUAGUUAGUAUUUUAAUAGUAUUAAUGUAUAGGUUACUAGUAUACUUUUACAUUUUUUUUAAUUGUACACUCGUACACGUUUUAACGAGAACUUUAGUGCUCCUGGGUGUUACGUGUCUAAAUGAAGGAUUUGAUUUGGUUUGAUUUGACUGCUAGGGUUGACGGUGGCUGUGUGGAAUCGAAUAGCAUGGUAUAGUUCUUUGCGACAAAAACAUUGCGAUAUGAACUAACUGCGCAGUAAAAAAAAAGUUUCUUCGGAUAGCUUCUGCGUACGCACCAUUGACUCACAAUUAAGUAAAAUGUUAUCGCUAAAACAUGCGUUCCCAAAAACGACAUUAUUCACUCGAAGGGGUAUAAUCACGAAAUGUGUAAUAUACAUGGUCAUUGUCACCCUCUGUGAAUUGAGUAAUUUUCUGUUUUUAUUUAAUAUUAUGUUUUCAGCUUUUCGAAGACCUUACGAAUGGCUAUGCGAAAUUCACCCUCAGGAUUGAUAAAAGCUGUAAAAAGUGUUACAAUCUACGACUACUUAAGGUAUUCACCAGCUUUAUUUAGUGGUAGCCCUUUCUGUUUGGUUAUAUUUAAAAAAAUCCCUGAUUGUUCGCUCUCCCCGCAGGGGCGGAUCUAGGGAGAGGGUGCAAGGGGUGCGCACCCUCCCUCCCCGAGAUGACCUGCGGUUUUCUAAUACAACUGGUAUUCUGCAAAAAAAAAGUAGAGCAAGAGACGAGUGCACCCCCUCCUAAAAAAAUCCUGGAUCCGCCCCUGCCCCGGGAAUAGAACAGUACCCUACGAUGUUUUAUUACUUCACUUUCUUACCCAGAAAAAUUCACUGAUCAUGUUGCUUUGAAUUCACAGUUGUAUGUGGAACUUACUGGCGAUGAAGACCAGCCCUCUUCUGUUCCUGAUAAAGUUCAUCUUCAAGUACGUCAUCUCAGCGCGUCUUAUUUUCGAGCUGGGGACGGCACCACCAAGAAAUACUAUCAAUCUAUCGGCUCGUACAGGAACGUUGAAUUUGACCGGUUUAGUGUCACAAACAAACGGAAGUGCCAGGAAGCAAAGGCUCAAGGAAGUAAGUAGGUUACUAAGGGAGGUACUCAAUUUGAUGACCUACAAGAGAAGGCGCCGCCCGAAAGUGGUACCUUUCAUUGCCGGCUCCAGACCUGAAGAUAAGGGGGGCGGGGGUGGGGCGGUCGUGUGUGUGUGUGUGUGUGUGGGGAGUCAUCCAGACCCUUAGAUAAGGAGGAGGCGGUCUCCAAAAAAAGUUUUUUUGACCCUUCGGGCAGAAAGGAAUACUUGUAGAUUGACUUUUCAGACCAAGGGCCAGCAAGCAUUUGUAUCGACAUCCCUAGGUAGAACGCAUGCCAUUCAGCAGAUCCUCUCCCAUCGAGUUAGUGCUCACAUAUGACACUCACUCUUUUUUUAAGUCACUCCUGGCUUUUGGUAAAACUACUGAUACUACUGAUAUAAUAAUAGGGUCUCAAUGGGGUGGUGUCUUUUACGGUUAUCGGCUAAAAUUUUGGCUCUUUUUAUUUCAGUUACGGUUAACAAAAAAGUUAAAAAUUAAUUUCUUUUGUUUCAAAGAGUUAAAUAUUAAUAAACCUGUAUUUUUGGUAUCUUUAAGCAAAAUAAAGGUCUUGGGAUCAUCUCGGGAUGAAAUAAGUUAUUCUUUUGAAACAUUUUAACAUUUGAUAGAACAUACUUUUAAGUAUUCCACUUCUAAUAUUAUUUUACCCAUAGGAAUGUCAACGGUUACUUUUACAAAUCUAGGGAACAGUUUCUUUUACGGUUAACUUUUUUUUACCCUAUUUACGACUAACGGUUAAAAUUCUUCAACUUUUACGGCUAUCGACUAAAUUUUUGGACGUUUUACGCCUAUCAGUUAACCCCAUUAUGACCCUCUAAUAAGCUAUUUCUGAACAAAAACCUGUAGUAGGUCAUCAUGCAUUGUUGUUGCUGUUGUUUUUUUCUCUUUAGAAAUCUCCUUGUUCUGCCUUUCAAAGGACGAUUCUCGUUGGCAUUCAAUGUGUGAUAACCAGUUAACUACGCGAGGCCGUUCUAAUAAAGAUAAGCUUCUUGGAGCUGAGGAGUGCAAGAGUCCGUUUGGUGUUUAUGAUCUUAGGAUCCCUGUUGAUGAAAACCUGAGUUGUGAUGACAACAAGAUCACAAACACAAACUGCAAAGAUCUUGACGUGAGUAUCAAAGCCUGUUAUUCUGGGGAUUAAACGACUGCUCAUGUGCCACUUUAACAAAGAAAAGGGGACUGGACACGAAACGCAUCUCGCAAUUGUUUCUGGGAUUGUUACUGGGCAUGCGCCGGUCAGCUAUUGGCUCAAUUUUUUCCUGGUCCCUAGUAACAAUCCCAGAAGUCUUUGCGAAAGUCAACUCGGCCCAGUUUCCUUCGCGUGUCUAAAUGGCGAAUACUGAAACACGUGACGCACGGUGAUGUUAAUAAGAACUUGUUGAUAUAAAUACAUAAAUAAUAACUGAAUAAAUAACUUUACAGUGGCAAUCCAACCACUGGUGACUUAAGGCAUUUUUAUUAAACUAAGCAGAAGCAACCUGCGUGCAAUGAAACACCACAAAUGCUGCCAUCUCUGUGACAAGAGACUUUGAUGCGAACCUCAUCUCUGACCUAGAAGUAAUAAUCUUUCUUUUUCACCCUCUGAUAGAAAUCCUCACUUUGUCUUUUAUAUCUAAAAAUGUGUUCUCUUGAUAAACAAUUGUUUUAUUUUAUUUUAUUCCUUAAGCGUUCCAAGUUCACGAGGCUCCGCGUAUGGACGGAAUAUUUCUACUGGCCUGACCAAUACCCCGAGGGGCCUGAUGAUAAGACAUGUAAAAUCCCCUUGAGCAAAAGAAAUGUAACAGUGACAGUUGACGAUGAUUAA